GAGGACGCUAGACGCGCCGCCGCCGCCGCCCGCCGCCGCCUCGAAAGGACCAAGAAGAGGCGGCUCACCUCCUCCUCCGCCGUCUCCGUCGCCGCCGCCGCCAUGCCCGCCGCCGACGCGAACGACGAGUCGUUCCUCCUCCCGGUGGAGGAGAUAGUGCAGUACCCGCUCCCGGGGUACGUGGCCCCUUCGUCGAUCAGCUUCUCCCCCGACGACCGCGCCGUCGCCUACCUCUUCAGCCCCGACUCCACCCUCUACCGCAAGGUCUACGCCUUCGACGUCGCCGCGCGCCGCCACGACCUCGUCUUCGGCCCGCCCGACGGCGGUGGCCUCGACGAGGCCAACCUCUCCCCCGAGGAGAAGCUCCGCCGCGAGCGCGCCCGCGAGCGCGGCCUCGGCGUCACGCGUUACGAGUGGCGCGCCCGCCCCGCCGCCUCCACUGCUGCUGCCGCCGUGAAGCCCGGCAUCAUAGUCCCCUUGCCCACCGGGGUCUACUUCCAGGAUAUAUGCGGCUCAGAACCGGAACUCAAGUUACCGAGUUCGCCUGGGUCGCCAAUCAUUGACCCACAUUUGUCCCCAGAUGGAAGCAUGCUGGCGUAUGUCAGAGAUGAUGAGCUACAUGUGCUGAAUUUGUCUGGUGGUGAGCCUAGACAGUUGACCUUCGGCGCGAGAGGGAAUGGAAAGACUAAUGGUCUUGCGGAGUAUAUCGCUCAGGAGGAGAUGGAACGAAAGACCGGGUUCUGGUGGUCACCUGACAGUAAAUUCAUAGCAUUCGCUGAAGUUGACUCGUCUGAAAUACCUCUAUUUAGAAUUAUGCAUCAAGGGAAAAGCUCCGUUGGUUCUGAUGCACAGGAAGACCACGCAUACCCUUUUGCUGGCGCAGCUAAUGUCAAAGUCCGAAUAGGAGUUGUUCCUGCAUGUGGUGGACAGCCAACUUGGAUGGAUCUUCUAUGUGGGUCCCAGGAUCGAACAGAUAGCGAGGAGGAAUAUCUAGCCAGAAUCAACUGGAUGCCUGAUAAUUCUCUUAUUGCUCAGGUUCUUAAUAGGUCUCACUCCAGGUUAAAUAUCCUCAAGUUCGACAUCAAAACAGGCCAGAAGGAAAUUUUACUUGUAGAAGAGUUAGACGUAUGGAUCACUUUACAUGAUUGUUUCACUCCCUUGGAUAAAGGAGCAAAUAAGUUCUCAGGGGGUUUUAUUUGGGCCAGUGAAAAGACUGGCUUUAGACAUUUAUAUCUGCACGACAAGAAUGGGACUUGCUUAGGGCCGAUUACGCAAGGCGAUUGGAUGGUUGAGCAAAUUGCUGGUGUGAAUGAGAAUGCAGGAAUUGUGUAUUUCACAGGUACAAUGGAUGGGCCGCUUGAAGCAAAUUUGUAUUCUACAAAUCUUUUCCCUGAUUGGAACCAACCUUUACAACCUCCACGAAGAUUGACUAAUGGAAAUGGAAGACAUGCUGUUAUUCUUGACCAUCAAUUGCAGAGGUUUAUUGAUGUUCACGACUCACUGAGAUCUCCUCCUAGAGUUUUACUUUGUUCUUUGCAUGAUGGUAGUGUAAUCAUGCCUCUAUAUGAGCAGCAGAUUACUGUUCCACGUUUUCGCAAGCUCCAAGCUCUGUUUCCAGAGAUUGUGCAGAUAGAGGCAAAAGAUGGUACCCCGUUAUAUGGAGCAUUAUACCUGCCUGAUGAAAAGAAAUAUGGACCGCCUCCCUACAAAACAUUGAUCAGUGUUUAUGGUGGUCCGAGUGUCCAAUCUGUAUGUGACUCGUGGAUAAAUACGGUUGACAUGAGAGCACAGUACCUGCGAAACAAGGGAAUCUUAGUAUGGAAGCUAGACAACAGAGGAACAUCUCGACGAGGAUUGAAAUUCGAGGGCCAUCUAAAGCACAACAUUGGCCGCGUAGACGCCGAGGAUCAACUCACUGGCGCCGAAUGGCUCGUAAAGAAAGGUCUAGCGAUACCUCACCAUAUCGGACUCUACGGCUGGAGCUACGGUGGCUUCCUCUCAGCCAUGAGCCUUGCUCGGUUCCCCGACACCUACCGAUGCGCCGUUUCUGGCGCUCCAGUCACUGCAUGGGACGGUUACGAUACCUUUUACACCGAGAAAUACAUGGGAUUGCCCGCAGAAAACCUUGAUGCCUACAAUUUCGCGUCGAUCAUGCACCAUGCCCCCAAGAUGAAAGGGAAGCUGCUGCUCGUUCACGGUAUGAUCGAUGAGAACGUGCAUUUCCGGCACACUGCAAGGCUGAUCAAUGCGUUGAUUGCGGCGGGGAAGCCGUACGAGCUUUUAGUCUUCCCGGAUGAGCGGCACAUGCCCCGGCGGCUUCGGGAUCGUGUCUAUAUGGAAGAGAGGAUUUGGGAGUUUGUAGAAAGGAACUUGUGAUGGAAGCUACAUGUAACCCUAUGUAUUUACCUCCUUUUUCCUUAUCAAUUUUAGAGGCUUUCUAUUGUUAUUCUUUCAAGCAUAAUAUAAUCCUGUGUUUUCUCUGUUGUAUAAUCAGGGUGCCGAAGAAAUUUGAGGUUUUAAUUUAAUGAGAGGGAAAUUUUCAGGCAGAGUGAUAACUAGGUUCAUUUGUUUUCUUCUGGAACUAUUAUCUUCUUGUUGUUUAUUAUGACUCUACAGGAAUUUGCACUUAAUGAUGCUUUGUGGAUCAUAGGUUGUUGUUGAA